GCUGCUUUAUGAACUUGAGACAUGCGAAAGGCCACUACCAAGAUUUUUUUUUUAUUCCUAUCUUUGGUUUUAGACUGAUUUUACUCAAGGUAUUGAUUUUCUUUAGAAAUAAGGAACAAUUCCUUUUUUUUUUUAAAGAUCUCUGAAAGGUGGAAUUGAUUUCUACGGACUUUUCUUGGUAAUUCUAGUUAAUUUCGAACUAGCUAUAGAUAUUGAUGUUCUUUUGGCUUUUGGUUUGCCAUUGCAAAAAUGAAGAAUAAAUACAGUCCUGUUUCAGACUCUGACGAGUCUUUCAAAACGCUCAUUGAUGAGAAAUCAGAUAUACAUUCUUCAGAGGGUACGCCUCCUCCGUAUUCAGCUACAAACAAAUUUAUUGAUUUAGAAAUGGCUGAUGGAUCCGCUCAGCAUUCCGCCCAAGAGUCCACUAACAAUACUGGGUCGGAUUCGACAUAUUCAAAGUGGAUUAUUAUCAUAUAUCUCUUUUUUUUUGCAUCACUUGUGUAUAUUGGGGCUUAUGGUAUUCUUCUCGUGAUGUUCUUUUAUUUCAAAGUUCCUGUGAGGGCGCAAGACCUUUGGGGACUUUUUGGCGGAUUUAUUGGAGCGAUAUCAUUAUUUCUCUGUUUGGCGCAUAUGCUCUACCCGGGGUGGUACAAGCAAGCUGGAAGAGCAACCAAAAACGUAUUGUCAGCUAUGUGUGUCGCAGUAAUAUAUACGGCUCUUCUGAAUGGCGUUGGUUUCGUCGUCUAUUAUAAUGUAAAGAAAAUAAUAGGAUUUGAAAAGAUGAACGAUAUUGCUUUCUAUGGUGUCUGCUUUGUUAACGUUGCCUUGUUUGUUUUUAUUUCGAUAAAUCCAAUUGCCCGUGAACGACUUAGAUUGUUAGUCAUUGAUAUAGGAAACGGUGCAAACGGCAUAGGAAAUUCUGUGAAUCGUGUUUUUGGAACAAAUCGAGGAGAUGAAGUAUCUCAGAACGAAGAAAUCGAACUUCAACCUCUUGCUGAGCAAAGGGCUGAAGUUUGAAUUUUAACGAACCUGGUUUACGUUUUCAUAAUUCACAUUUCCUUUGGAAGUAUUCAUGUCAAUAUUGCAGUCCAUCAACUUUGCAUUCGCAUUAUCCCCCAAAGUAAGCAUUAUCUUAAUAAGACGGUUCAAGUUGCUUUUCUCAUUCACUCUUUCAUGAAUCUUUUUAUUCGUUACGCAAUAUCGUUGUUUAUGCUUCGUGAAUAGAAUCGAACACCCUCUUUAAUGAUUAUUUAAGUACUUUUACGAAAAUUCUGCCGUGAUUAACUAUAGCUUCAACAUAGUGUCGUGUAACUGCAUGUCUUUUAUAAAUGUAGUCAAGGCCGGAAUAUUGCAAUGUCAUCAUACAGAAGAGUGUUUUACUACAAAAUGUUAAGAACGUCCUUACUGGAUCACGACUGAACUUGUAGUAAUCUUACCGACUGGAACAAAUGUUUGUGGCUAUACCUAGGCAAAAACAGCACACCAGUUCCCGCUCGAUCACUGCAGGAAGUGGAACCGUCUGAAGGCUCGUUAGUACUAUGGUUGGAGACAACAUGGGAAUCCGUGAUGCUGUAGGCUUUUUGUUUUUAGUUUAUGCAUUUUUCAGGUUCUUGCUUUAUGAUCUUUUAUAAAAAGGUCUUCCAAAGUAUUACUCGUUUGCUUCAAAGGAUUUCAAUUUACACCAAGUAUUGUGUUACACUGCACUUAGCGAAAAUGGACGUAUCUGAAGGUAUAGAAAAGCAUGUUGGAAAAGAAAGAAAGGAGACGGUUAUUUAAAGACGUGUAACAUAAUGAAAGACUAGAUUGAAAUCAAUUUGCUUAAAAUAUGGGAGAGCAUAAAGAUCAUUUGAGGCGUUCUCUGAGCGGUAGGACGAUGAGAAUAGUAUUAACCUUUUUAAUGCAGUGCAAUUAUGAAAGGAAGGAAGGAAGGGAAUAGUAACUUUAGCUUGUGAUUUUUCAGUGUUGAUGAUUUCGACUCAUUUUGAAAGCAAUAAUAAGGAUAUAUUUGGGAGGGAACGCUGAAAAAAUGAAAAGAAUACUAAAAAAAUUAUAAAAGUACAACAGCAGCAGGAGUAGUAAUAGUACAUUGUUGUGUCGUCAACUAUAAAUACACAAUCUUGAGCCAAAGUAUAUGUUUGACAU